AUGAUUCAUCCAACGUUAAAUCCAGUCACACUCAUCUUAUCAGUUGUGAUCAUUUUUCUGGUUUUAUUGGCAUUAUACGGUAGAAGAAAAAGACUCGAGAAAUUUUCCAAUCUCCGGGUUCUUCCUGGACCACGCGGGCUACCUGUCCUCGGUUGUUCUCACAUCAUCGGUCGUUAUAAUAACCCUUGGGAUGGGUUCUCUGCACUACGGAAAGUAUACGGCGAUGUUUACGGCUUAACUCUAGGUUCCCGGAAAUGCGUCGUGGUCAGCUCCCUCUCAGCCAUGAAGGAAGUCCUCAUCGGUAAGAGUAAAGACUUUGCGAACAGACCAGACUUCUUACGUUUCCAUGCUAUAUUUCGUGGCGACAGGAACCUCUCAAUCGCCCUGUGCGACUGGUCAUCAAAACAGAAAACACGACGUGAGAUUGCUUUUCCUUACAUGCAUCCAAAGGCUACUUCCUUAGGCAUCAAUCGUAUGAACGCCUUCAUCACCAACGAAUUACAGGAAUUAGUUUCAGCUUUAACUACUGUUAGGAACCAACUGAUCGAACCCAGGCCGUUUCUUCUCGCCGCUACGGCUAACAUUUUCUAUCAAUAUUUAUGCAGUAAACGAUUUGACCCCAAAGAUCCGACCUUCCAACGAAUGAUCAAGAUCUACGAUGUCGUCUUCAAGGAAAUCUUUCAGGGUUUCGCCAUUGAUUUUAUGCCCUGGCUCAAAAUUGUUUAUGAACGACGACUGAAGGAACUAAGAAACAAGGCAGACGAGGUGACAAAUUUGACGGCAACUAUAUUUGAUGAACAUGAGAAAACGCUGGAUGUAGAAAAUUCUCGAGAUCUGGUUGACAUGUUUUUGAAACUUAUCAAAGAAGAUGAAGGAUGUAAGUUGUCUCGAGAGGAUGCAGAAGUGACGAUGGACGAUCUUUGUGGUGGGCAUUCGGUCUUGGGGAACCUGUGGCUGUGGGGGCUUUACUUAGUAGCUGGACAUCCUGAAGUGAAGGAGAAGAUACUAAAGGAGGUGUCAAGAGUCACGGGAAAUCAAAGGCAUCCGUGCCUAAAAGACAAACCCGCUUUACCAUACACGGAGGCAGUGACACUAGAAGUCUUGCGGGUCGUCUCUUCGCCAAUAAUUCCUCACGUUGCCUCCAAGGCCACCAGUAUUCAAGGUUUUCGUGUCCUUGAAAACACCUUGGUGAUGUUCAACACGGUCGAUUUGAACAUGGAUGUAGAAUACUGGCACGAGCCUCGCAGAUUUAAACCUGAAAGGUUUCUCACAAAGGAAAACCGAGUUCUGAAACCGGCUUACUUCUUUCCUUUUGGGACAGGAAAAAGGACGUGUUUGGGUGAUGGUUUGGUUAAGUCCACCCUUUUGCUGGGUCUCGGAACUCUUGUCCAGAUGUUCGACAUUUGUUUGCCACAAGGCGUCGGUGCUCCAGAUUUAAACACAAUUCCAGGUGUCGUUGUUCCACGAAAUGAAAUUAAGUUAAUUUUCCGGCAUCAUCCUGAUCCAGUGAAUGCAUCCCUGAGAGAUACUUUUUUAUCCUCAACGCCGUGA